AUGGCAGCCGGGGAUCCCCUGCACGACCUCUGCGAGGAAGCCUCUUGCUCCAUCUGCCUGGACUAUUUCAACGACCCUGUCAUGAUUGCCGAGUGUGGCCACAGUUUCUGCCGAGGCUGCCUGACCCGCAGCUGGGAGCGGUCGGGGGCCACCGAGCCUGCCUGCCCCCAGUGCAGAGGAAGGGCUCAGCCAAGCAGCCUCCGCCCCAAGCAGCUGGCCAACUUUGUGGAAAUAGCCGAGAGAGUCGCUCUGCAAGAGGCCGCAGUGGCAGCUGGAAAAGGGAGAGUUUGCCAGAAGCACCAGGAGCCCCUGAAGCUCUUCUGCAAGGACGAUGAAGCCCUCAUCUGCGUGGUCUGUGACCGAUCCAAGGAGCACAGAGAUCACGAAGUCCUUCCUCUUGAGGAGGCCUCCCAAGAGUACAAGGAUCAGUUCUGCAACUGUCUGGAGAUUCUGAAGAAGGAGAGAGAGAGAAUUGUGGCGUAUAAAGGAGACAUUGAGAGGGAAAGCCAAGACUUGCUUAAACAAACCCAAGGAGAGAAGCAAGAGGCAGUAGCAAAGUUCAGGCAACUGCACAUGUUUCUGGAGGAACAAGAGAAGCUUUUGCUGGCCCAGAUGGAAGAGGUGGAGAUGGAGGUGGCAAAGAAAAGGGACCAGCACCUGGCCGAACUCUCUGAGGCCCUCUCCUCUCUCGAAAGCCUCAUCCGGGAGAUGGAAGAGAAGUGUCAGCUGCCAGCCAGUGAUCUCCUGCAGGAUGCCAGAAGCACCUUGCAGAAGUAUGAAGAAAAGGAGUCAUUUGAGAAUCCAGUGGAUUUUCCACUUGCCCUGAAGUGGCACAUCUGGUACUUCUCAUAUUUCAGUCCCCCUUUGGAGGUCAUCAAGAGGCAAUUCAAAGACACUCUGGAUUCUGGACUUCAUCUGCAGAAAGCAAAUGUGACUCUGGAUCCAGACACAGCCCAUUCAUGGCUCAUCCUGUCUGAGGGUCAGAAAAGCGUGAGAGAAGGAGAAAAACCUCAAGCUCUGCCCAGAGGUCCGGAGAGAUUUGAGAUGUAUACUGCUGUGCUGGGCCGUGAGGGAUUCACAGGAGGCUGCCAUUUCUGGGAAGUCCUUGUGGGAAGUGAGGAAAGCUGGAUUGUGGGGGUGGCCAGAAAGUCUGUGAGGAGGAAGGGAGGCCUCACUUUUACUCCUGAGGAAGGGAUCUGGGCUGUGGGGAAGUGGUCAGGGAUGCACAGGGCUUAUAUAAAAGAACAUUACCCUCCCCUGACUGUGACUGGGGAGCUGAAGAGGAUCCGAGUAUGCCUGAGCUAUGCUGGGGGUCGAGUGGCCUUUUUUGAUGCUGACCGAGCAGCCCUUCUCUAUGAGUUCUCUGGAGCCUCCUUCCGUGGAGAGACUCUCUUGCCCUACUUUUGGGUGUAUAAAAAAGGCCACCUCAAAAAGAUAGAGCAGGAGGCCAACUGCCCCAUCUGCCUGGAGUUCCUGAUGGACCCCGUGGUCCUGGACUGUGGGCACAGCUUCUGCCAGGCCUGCAUCACCGACUACUGUGAGAAAUGGGAGACUCUGGGAGACUUGGAGUGUCCUGUCUGCAAAUUCAAGUUCCAGAAAGGGGCUUUCCGCCGAAACUGGCAGCUGAGAAACAUAGUAAAAAAAAUUAAACUAAUGUCAGAAAGUUCAAGAAAAGGUCUUUGCUUGAGACACCAGGAAAAACUCCACUUCUUCUGCAAAGAGGAUGAAAAAUUGGUGUGUGCUGUCUGUGAGCGACUCCCAGAACACAAAGGACACACAAUACUUCCCCUGGAAGUGGCUGCUCAGAAAUACAAGGAUCAGUUCCGCAACUGUCUGGAGAUCCUGGAAAAGGAGAGAGAGAGAAUUGUGGCGUAUAAAGGAGACAUUGAGAGGGAAAGCCAAGACUUGCUUGAACAAACCCAAGGAGAGAAGCAAGAGGCAGUAGCAAAGUUCAGGCAACUGCACAUGUUUCUGGAGGAACAAGAGAAGCUUUUGCUGGCCCAGAUGGAAGAGGUGGAGAUGGAGGUGGCAAAGAAAAGGGACCAGCACCUGGCCGCACUCUCUGAGGCCCUCUCCUCUCUCAAAAGCCUCAUCCGGGAGAUGGAAGAGAAGUGUCAGCAGCCAGCCAGUGAUCUCCUGCAGGAUGUCCGAAGCACCUUGCAGAGGUGUGAAGAAAAGAAGACGUUUGAAAAUCCAGUGACUUUUCCUCCUGCGUUGAAGUGGAGGAUCUGGGACAUUCUUGACGUCAGUCACUUUCUGGAGGGUGUCAUGAAGCAAUUGAAAGACACUCUGGAUUCUGGACUUCAUCUGCAGAAAGCAAAUGUGACUCUGGAUCCAGACAUGGCCAAUCGAUGGCUCAUCCUGUCUGAGGGUCAGAAAAGCAUGCGAGUGGGAGAAAAACUUCAAGCUCUGCCCACCAGUCCUGAGAGAUUUGAGAAGACUAUUGCUGUGCUGGGCCGUGAGGGAUUCACAGGAGGCCGCCAUUUCUGGGAGGUCCUUGUGGGAAGUGAGGAAAACUGGGCUGUGGGGGUGGCCAGAAAGUCUGUGAAGAGGAAGGGAGACCUCCCUUUUACUCCUGAGGAAGGGAUCUGGGCUGUGGGGAAGUGGGCAGGGAUGCACAGGGUUGGUAUAAAAGCUUACCCUCCCCUGACUGUGAGUGGGGAGCUGAAGAGGAUCCGAGUGUGCCUGAACUAUGCUGGGGGUCGAGUGGCCUUUUUUGAUGCUGACCGAGCAGCCCUUCUCUACGAGUUCUCUGGAGCCAUUUUCUCUGGAGAGACCCUCCUGCCCUUCUUUUGGUUGGGACAAAACGGCUACCUAAAAAAUCUCUUCCUAGGACUUUUUCUUGACACCAGGACCAUCAGGGAUAUUAUUUCUCCAUACCUGUAAAGACCUCUCCUGUCUAGGGUUGCCAGGUCUGUGUUGGAAAACACCUGGAAACUUUGGGAGGUAGAUCUGGGAGAGGGCGGGGUUUGGGGAGGGGAGGGGACUCAGCAUGCUACAGUCCCAUAGCGUCCAUGCUCCAAAGCAGCCAUUUUCUCCAGGGGGACUGAUCUCUGCCAGCUGGAGAUCAGUUGUAAAAGUGGGAGAUCUCCAGGCCCCACCUGGAAGCUGGCAACCCCACUCCUGUCUCCAGCCACCAAAACUGACAUUUCCCCCUCCAUUUCCCAACAUUCCUCCCCCCCACCUUUCGUAUCUUCUUAAACUGACAGUAAUGCCUUUCCCAUUGUACAAGAUGCAGGAGAGCUCUGAACAGACCCCCCCUCCCAUCUCUCCAGCCUUCAUUCUCCUCAAGCACAAGAGAGGAAUUGCUACAGAGGAAGAAGAGGCCCUGCAUGUUUCGGUUACUCAGUUUCAGUUUGCUUUAUUACGGUCCAUGACCAAAUACACAGCACAAUGCAGGCCAACAACAACCACAUAAAAAUGGUAAAAACCAAGAUGGACCUAAAUAGGUGAAACGUAAGAUAUUUAAAAAAUAAAUGCGAAAAUAAAAUAUAGGACAUUAGUAUGAAUGAUGAGAUAUGACAGAUAAUACAAUAGUGGUCAAACAUCUUCUAGCUUAAUAAAUAUAGUGCAUAUAAUAAAAAAUUUAAAAAUUAUACAGCUCCAGAAAAAUAUUAACUAGAAUACACUGGUUAAAAAUACAAUCUGUUACCUCGACAUUAACUUGUAAGAACCAUAAAAUGCAAGUUGAUUGCAUGGGAACAAAAUUUGGCAACUUUAUGCAUGGUCUCUGUAUUUAUAUCAGUUUCAGUAGCAUUUGUGAUGGUAUACAAAGUACUCAGGCAUUUAAGAAAAGAUAAAAUACAAGCUUGGAAAUAUUCAAAAAACAGUCAGUUCAAGACCCCUUCUUUACAUAAUCCUCACGAAUUCUCCUAGCUGCCGCCAUAAAUUUGGCACAAUUAAUUGUGAAUUGGGGGUUAAAACCUGAUAACAGCGUAUUUCUGAUUUUGAAAUCAGAAAACCCGAGACAUCCCUCCAACAAAGAAUAAAUGUACCUGGCUCAUAUGCCAGGGUAUAGGCCACACCCAAACAAAACAUGGUCAAUCGUUUCAAUCAACAAAACAUGGUCAAUCGUUAUCUGCACCACAAGGACAAAGCCGCUCAGCCUUAG